CUGAGCGCCACCCCAAGGGCCAUUUUGUUGGCGGAAGAAUUUAUGAUGGACAUGGAUGGGACUUAUUGCCCGCCUGCCUUCUUGCCAGCCGGCGGCGGUGACCUGUCUGUUCGACUUCAUCGCGACCUUCGCGCCGGGAGAGGAUUGACACCAGACAUCGCGGUCGGCGCCCGCUGCUGACUUACAGCGAGAGCGCACGCGCGGCGCGACAUGGGGCAUAACCCGCUGUCCCUGGCCGCGAGCCUUCCGCCCUGUCGGUCAGCGACCCCGGCGCAGAUUUGCGACGCCCUGAAAACGCUUCGCCACGUCUUCUGCCGUCUCCCCGCGGCGGCCGACUUUCGCCAGGACGCGAGCCGCGAUGCGCUGGCACAGACGACUGACUCUGGCUACGUGACGGAGGCCGAUGACGACGACGACGACAUCGACGAGUAUGAUGACGGCUUGACCGGCAAAGGCAGCGACGACAUCCAAGCGCUCCGGGAGGAUCCGGUGGAGAGAGACGCUGCCGUGCGGUGGCUCACGGGACUCAUCGGUCGGGCAGACGAUCUGAUCCAAGAUGAGGCUGUGCGUGAGCGCAUCGUCGACGACGCAUGCUCGGUGCUGGCCCGUCUCACAGGCGGUGAGGAUAGCAGUAGUGAAAAGCAGCAGCAACUACGUGGCGACGACUUGGGCAUGACGCGCCGGUUCGAGUUCCAAGUCCCGUCGAGACACACCAGCAUCAGGGUAGACCUCGUCGACACGCCGAUGCAGACGACCGACGACCACACCGACGUCGGGCUGCAAACCUGGGGCGCCUCGAUGGCGCUUUCAGAACUCGCCUGCCAGAACCCGGAGCGCUUCGACCUCGACAAGGCGUCGCAUGGGACUCGAAUCCUCGAACUCGGUGCCGGGACCGGCCUCUUUGCCCUCACGCUCUCGAGCCUGCUCCCUUGCCUGACCGCCGUCGCGACGCACUACCGGCGGCCCUCGCAGCAGGCCAUCAUCGCGACCGACUACCACCCCGCGGUGCUCAAGAACCUCGCCAUCAACCUCGACGCCCACGCAGCGACAACGGCGACGAGCGCCACCGAAAACGGGGGCGUCCCGGAGACGGUCCCGCUCCGAGCCGCACACCUCGACUGGUCGGCCCCAUCGCGGGCGGCGCCUCUCGACGAGCCGUUCGACUUCAUCUUUGCGGCGGACGUGGCGUACGCGCCCGAACACGCAGUCUGGCUGAGGGACUGUGCGGCGGCUCUCCUCGCGCCGGGCGGUGUCUUUUGGCUGAUGAUUUCUAUCCGGCCCAACGGCAAGUUCAAGGGCAUCAACACGUCCGUUGAGGCAGCGUUCUCGGACCAAAGGCCACAUGCAGGUCGGCGGACGAGCGGCCGCGGGCUGCGCAUCACGUCACGGGAGUGUGUGCGAAAGCAUCGGAGCGGACGAGCGGACGAGACUGGGUACGAGCUCUAUCGCAUAGAGUGGGCAUGAAUGAUGUCGAACAUAUUUGGAAUCGAUGGCUAGACGCAUACUAGAACAUCAGGCAUAUAGACGGGGGUCUACUCAUAAACAUGGGGUAGAGCGGGCAUUUAGACGGAGCAUAUAGAAGCGAUAGAUAUAGAACGCUCGGCGCGCUACACACGUACCAUGAUUUGGGCUGCCUGUUUA